GUGGGAAAACAGGCAAUCCUGUGGGUGGUAACAAACUAUCAAUCAGAACAAACUGCUAAUUUUGGAGGACAGUGGAAAAAAAAAAAAAAAAAAAACAAAUUAAUCUUUCAGUUUCUUCCAUUUCAUUUCAUUUUAUUCUAUAAAAUUUUAUCAUCUUCUUUCCUAAUAUUGCUAGCAAUUAUUCUGCAACAGUUGUUGUUUUAGGCAUGGAUAAAUCAGAUGAGAAAACAAUGGAAACUGCAACAACAGUGAGUUAUGAUGCUUACUUUGAGACGAUUCAGAGUAGGAAGAAAUUGCCCGUUUCCUUACAAGAGACCUUGACAGCUGCAUUUGCCAGCAUUCCUGUUUCAUCUUUCCCACAAGUUCCUGGUGGCAAAGUGAUAGAAAUCUCAGCAGAAACAUCCAUAUCUGAUGCUGUAAAGAUACUUUCUGAAUGCAACAUACUCUCGGCUCCAGUAACGAAUCCGGAUAAAGCUCAAAGCAAUGAUUGGAAGGAGAGGUAUCUUGGGAUCAUAGACUAUUCAGCGAUAAUAUUGUGGGUAUUAGAAGGUGCUGAGCUUGCUGCUGUAGCUUUAUCUGCUAGUUCUGCUACAGCUGCUGGAGUUGGGGCAGGUGCAGCAGGGGCUCUUGGAGCAGUGGCACUAGGUGCCACAGGCCCAGCCGCGAUUGCUGGGUUAACAGUUGCAGCAGUUGGGGCAGCCGUGGCUGGUGGUUUUGCAGUGGACAAAGGGAUGGGAAAGGAUGCUCCGACAGCUGCUGAUCAGUUAGGUGAUGAUUUCUACAAAGUGAUUCUACAAGAAGAACCAUUCAAGUCAACCAAGAUCAGGGAAAUUGUGAAGUCUUUCAGAUCCACACCAUUCCUUCCAGUUUCAACUGAAAGCAAUAUGUUGACAGUUUUAUUGCUUUUAUCGAAGUAUAGAAUGAGAAAUGUACCAGUAAUUGAACCAGGGAAGGCUUUUAUGAAGAACUUCAUCACUCAAUCUGCUGUAGUGAGAGGCCUUGAGGGAUGUGGUGGACGAGAUUGGUUUGAUUGCAUUGCUGCCCAUCCCAUUUCUGAAUUGGGCCUUCCUUUUAUGUCACGCGAUCAGGUUGUAAGCAUCAACAGCAGUGAUCUGAUUUUGGAGGCAUUUAAGCGGAUGAAGGACCAUCACAUUGGUGGCCUUCCGGUUGUGGAGGGACCAAAGAAGAAGAUUGUUGGUAAUUUGAGCAUGAGAGAUAUAAGAUACUUGUUACUCCAGCCCAAUCUUUUCUCCACUUUUAGGCAUCUUACAGUAAAUGACUUUAUGAAGACAGUUUCCUUGAUGAGCCAAGAGGCAGGGAAAGUUACCCAACCGAUAACAUGCAAGACGGACACCACCCUUGGCGAUGUUAUCCACAGCUUAGCUUCCAAGUCAGUUCACAGGAUCUAUGUGACAGUUGAGGAAGAUGAAGUUGUUGGUGUUAUAACACUUAGAGAUGUUAUUUCUUGCUUCAUCUAUGAACCUCCAAACUACUAUGAUGAUUACUUAGGUUAUUCUGCAGAGGAGUUGCUCGAGAAGUGA